ACAUAGAAGUGUUGUCUACAAAACUUUUUCAUAGUUAUGCUGAAUUUUUAAGUUUAAGUUAUUAUAGGAUAUCUGCCUUAGUUUUCAACUUCUCAUGAUGAUUCCUGAAUUUCUUUAAUCAUCACAAAUGUAAAAUAUACUUUGAAAACAUGUUGUAUCUCUCUACGGGAUAUUUUAAAAUUGGGAUUUAUAAUAAAUCUCUGAAAUGUUUGAAUGAAUUAUAGCCAAUUUUAUUUAAAAAUAUGAUCCUUCCUUUGCUUUUGUGAAUUUAUUUAUUCUGAUUCUGUUGGAAGACCAUUUCCUACGUUGUGAGUGAUGCUCAGAGAAUUUGUACGGUGUUCUUUUCCAUUAGCUUAUUUUGAUACUCUUUGGCAGGGGAAUAUGCUGGUCUUACUGGUUCUAGGUUGGAUGGAGCUGAAAUGCUUGCUCGUGGUCUUGCAACCCACUUUGUAUCAUCGGAUGAAAGUGAGGUUUUGGACAAGAAGGAUGACUGGAUCUCUUCAACCAUUCAAUCGCUGAAAAAAGCACCCCCUACAAGUCUUAAAAUUUCCUUGAGAUCAGGAUGCAGAGCCAUAUUGAUCGACAGGGAUAGAAAUCCUAAGUGGGAGCCCUCCAGACUGGAAAUAAUUAGAGAUGAUGAUGUCGAUCAUUACUUCUCCAAGAUAGAUGAUGAAGAUUGGGAAGACCUAAAGCUGCCUCCAAGAUCAAAUAUGUCUCCAUAUGCAAUUGUCAAGCUUUAAAAUCAUGCAAUAUUCUACAUUAUGUUGUCCUCUGUUCACCACAUCAUUAUGAAGGUUUCAAUGACUAUUAAAACAGUAUUAAUAUCAUUACGACGUGGUUCACCAAAUAAAUUAGUAUCGUAAAAUUAGUACAUGAUACUUGCCAUUGAAUAGAGAUGUCAAACCUCAAGCACAAGGAUAGAUUGUGCAGUACUAAAUAAUACUUUUGCUCUAAUUUUUUUCUCUUUCAUCUAUAA